UACUCUCGGUCACAUGACUUGGCGCCUCUCUGGAAUGGACGGCGAUGGAUCUCCACGUCAGCCUACGUCUCAAAAUUUCAGCUCCACGGAUCUGCUUCAAAGAGACUGAAGUAGCAGAGCGAGAGAACCAUGCAAAGGACUGUUAUUGAGACGAGCCCAAGCUAGAGUAAUGAUGGAUUUUGAUGAGCGGGUUCCCGUUGGGUCGAAUAUGUAUUUACCCAGUUGCACGUACUACGUCUCGGGAACAGACUUCUCAAGCCUCCCUUCUUUUUUAUCCCAGACCCCGUCUUCUCGCCCCAUGACCUACUCAUACUCCUCUAACCUGCCGCAGGUUCAGUCCGUGAGAGAGGUAACCUUCAGGGACUAUGCCAUUGACACAUCCAGUAAAUGGCACCACAGAGGGAAUUUGUCCCACUGCUACUCAGCAGAGGAGAUGGUGCACAGAGAUUGUCUGUCUGGUCCGACCACUUUAGGGGAAAUGUUCGCGAAAAACAGCUCCGUGGGUUUCCACUCCAGCUCCAACUCCACGUCUAAUUUCUAUGGAAGCGUGGGCAGGAACGGGGUGCUACCCCAAGCCUUUGAUCAGUUUUUCGAGACAGCAUACGGCAACUCAGAAAAUCCAUCAACCGACUGCUCGGUGGACAGAAAUACCACAAAGCUGCCUAACGCCGCAGUCUCCGGCUCCGAAGCGUGCCAGGAGCCAGACGGGAGAGAGCCACGAGAGGAGUGCAGCAGUCCCGAAUCCUCUUCCGGCAACAAUGAGGAGAAAUCCAACUGCAGCAGUGGCCAGAGGACGCGUAAAAAGAGAUGCCCCUACACGAAAUACCAAAUCAGGGAGCUGGAGAGGGAGUUCUUUUUCAGCGUGUACAUUAACAAAGAGAAACGCUUGCAACUGUCGAGGAUGUUAAAUCUAACCGAUCGCCAAGUGAAAAUUUGGUUUCAGAACAGGAGGAUGAAAGAAAAGAAACUGAACAGAGAUCGUUUACAGUAUUACACUACGAAUCCAUUGCUUUAGGAUCGUACGGCGUGGACUUGUACUCUACCCCUGUGCUCUAUACCGACGCUGAGCGGUUAAUUUCAAGUUCGAGGCUGCAGAUGUCGACUAAGACCAGCAUUUUGAAGACGUUCUCUUGUCAUUUGUAGCCUACAUUGUGGUGUAUGAAAACAACUGGACCCUUUUCUUCACUUCACAACUAUAUUCUAUGUAUUUCAUACAUAUCAUGAUGCUUAUAGCUCGCAUUUCGCAUAUCCAUUACACUCAUCAAACUGACAGAGUUAAUGACUAUGUAUUUUCUAAUCAGAGACACGUUGUUUUAAAUUCUACAUUUUUUAAAUAUCUACGCUGUUGUAAAAUAAUUGCGGGAGAAAUUAUCUUGUACAUUUUAGUCUUUGUGGAUAUUGAUCUUGAUGUGACCAAAUCAGAAACAGGCCGUGAAUACAACGGUGUUUUACGUGAUACAUUGGGCUACAUCUGUUUAU